AUGAUAACCUGGACAUCUUUCCGGACAGGUCUUGCCGUGUUGGUCCUUGUGUUUUUCCUCUCCAACCUGAAUGGGAGCCGAAAAACAUCCAAGGCUGUAUUGGAUCUCAACUCGGACGAAGCGGUAACACUGCCGGAUCACGAGGCAGCAGCCGUGGCCUCUCUGACCGAUGCACAGCUCGACUCGGUGUACUUUGGAAGAAAACAAAAAUCGCUUGCGAAUGGAGCGGCAUCAUCCAAACGAGAAGGACAAAGGAAGGUCCGAGGACAGCCCUUUCAUGAAACUCAAGAGCAGCAACGAAUAGCAACCGACCAGCAGGUCACGGGGGCACAAGUCGAAGAAUCAAGAAACAGUGUCCAAGAGGGAGAGGAGACAGCCCCUCACAACAAAAAACAAGACACUGACUUUGAGAGCAACAACUCGGUGGCCCAAAAUGGGAUGAAAAAUGAAGGUAGUGCCUUCGCCAUUACAGAUGAAAAAGGAACAAUUGACAUGUCGACUACCAAUGAAAACAAGCACGGCGACGUUGGAAACUCUGUUGCUCAUAUAGAGACACAAGACAAUCCACAAGACCUUGGUGCUGAUGCGCAAGAGAUGGUGGCAGAAGAUUCUACGGAUGCUGCUGAAGCUACCGAGGAAGGUACCGAAGAAAUGGAUGCAGAGGUAGAAGACGCCAAAGAAGAGGAAACACCUUCCUCCAAGAAAGCAACAGAAAUCAUUCCAAAGGGCCCAGCCUGGAGUUCCUCCUGGGUGAGCCCACAAACUGGUAGUCCCUAUACGUACGCCAUGUUCAGCUGGAUGUGUGAUCCUGGGGAUGUAUCCAUAUCCAAUCCAGUGCCAGGAUACAAGACGUAUUUGGCCAACAUCCUUGUGGCAUCCAAAUUAUUGAGAGAUUUUGGCUCCAAAGCAGAUUUCAAUGUUGUCAUUAAAAUGAACUACAAAUCCAACCAUACUCAAUUGCUGGAAGAAGAUGAGAAAAUGAUGCAAGCACUGGGGAUUCGGCUCAUUUACUUGCCAAAAACCAAGGACGGGAAAAAUUUCUAUGUGGAUCAACUCAACAAAAUGUACAUCUUCAACAUGACUCAGUACAGACGUGUCUUGUACCUUGACGGAGAUGUCAUGCCCACAAACAACUUGGACUAUUUGUUUGAACUGUCCGAUGGACCCAACCCAAUGAUCAAGGAGAAUGCAGUCCUUGCCGGGUACACUGAACCUGCCAAUGGUGGAUUCUUCAUGAUGAGGCCCAAUGCUACGGCAUAUCAAGACAUUCUGAGCAUGAUUGCAGGGAGAACACUUCAAUCCCUCAAGAGACUCAAGUGGUUUGACCAAGAGAAGGGGUGGGGUCAUACCAUUGUCCCUCCCGAUAAAUUUGAAACCAAUUAUCCAAAAAAGGAAGGAACCAAAUGGAAAUUUCAUGGGGCCAUGACAGACCAGGGGCUACUUUACAGUUAUCCAAAAUACAAUCUGCAGAGUAUGACCCAAAUAUUAUCUCGUAAGAUUAUCAACUUCGGACCAGGCCCAAAUGGAACCACCGUCAUUGAAAAGGUCAUGAAUGUUACCUCUGUCAAGUCCAGCCCCUUUUCCAAAUUAUCAAAACCACAAUUUGCUUUCUCACCAAGUAGCUGCAUGAUGUUUACGUACAAGUAUGCUCCUGGUUGGCCUGGUUGUGUUCCUCCCUAUGCGGAUCAUUCACACUUUAGUGGAAAGAAGAAGCCAUGGAAAUACCGAAAACCAAAGGACUUGUGGGAAGAUGCAAAACCCCGUAAUGACUUUUAUCUUUGGUGGAGGACACUUGACAAAUUGCAGCAAGACGGCAUCAAUAUCACCUUCACGGAGAGCCGAAAGGGUAGCAAACACGCAAAGAAGAAGAAGGAUAACAAAAAUGACAAGAAGAAAAGCGCAAAGAAAGGAAAGCGGUGA